GUCAAAUACCAAACAACUUUCAAUGGACGAAAUUUCUGAAAGCAAAACUAAAUUGUUUUGCCUCAAAUACUGGAGGAUAUUUGUUGGUGCUUUUAUAGCACUAUUUCUAGUGGUUUGUUUUGCUUUGAUGAUUUACCGAAUUGUUAUACAUGAUCAAGAACUAAAAGGUAUGAAAUUGAUUGAGGAGCUCGGAGAACGAGAACAUCAAGACAUUACGAACCUGGCUUACCUUGAGUUUGCUUAUCAAAUCAAUGUUACCGAUGAAAACCUUAAGGCGAAGAAUCAAAUGAUGGACUUGCAAGAGAAACAUGCAAUUGAUGCCUUCAAUCAAGCAUCCCAAUUCAACUACAAACUCUUUUAUAAUGAAACUUUAAUACACGAGUUUGAACGGUUCGUUAAAACACGUUCCUUACCCACGGCAAAGUUGGAAAGAUUACGUAGUUUAAUAGAUAUCAUGCAAGAGGUUCAGUCGUCCACAGAAAUUUGCUCUAAUAAGGAGAAAAAUGGUCAAAGCAAUUGUGGUUUAGGGCUGGAAGAUAUUUCUGAUAUACUGGAAGAUCCAUCCGCUGAACUCGAGGAAAAGAAACAUGUUUGGGUGCAAUAUCAUAACAAAGUGGGACAUCAGUUAAAAAGAGAUUUUCAAGAAUACGUAAGGCUAACAAAUGAAAAUUCCGUUAUCAAUGGUUAUGGCAAUGCUGCUGAAGAGUGGAAUAGUGACAUGAAUGAGGAAAACUUCAGAGAAAUGUAUGAGAAUUUAUAUGAAAGUUUACACCCGUUGUAUCUCCAGUUGCACGCAUACGUACGAAGGAAAUUAAGGGAAAAAUAUGGUGAUCUGUUAACCGAAAGAGGACCAAUACCUACUCAUUUAUUAGGUGAUCUAUGGGGUCAAUCGUGGACAUCCAUUAUCAAUUUUACGAUGCCAUAUCCGGAAGAAACGCAAAUUAAUAUCACGAAGGAAAUGCUAAAUAAAGGUUACACUGUCAAAAGAAUGUUCGAGAUGGCUGAAGAUUUUUUUGUUUCAAUGAAUCUGUCUCACAUGACCAAAAACUUUAAGAAGAAGUCGAUGUUUCUAAAACCGAAGGAUCGCAAAGUGAUUUGUCACCCGACCGCGUGGGAUUUUUACACUCAAGAUGAUUUUCGCAUAUCAAUGUGCGCCCGCGUACGCUUAAAAGACUUUAUCGACAUUCAUCACGAGAUGGGUCACAUUCAAUAUUUUAUGGAAUACAGACACCAACGGAUGGAAUAUCGAGAUGGUGCCAACUCGGGAUUUCACGAAGCAAUCGGUGACUUAAUUGCGGCCUCGGUACAAAGCCUACGACAUUUGAAGAAAGUGGGACUGGUUUUAGAUGCACAUAUUAACAAAGGAACUGUCGUUAACCAAUUAUACAAGACUGGAUUAUAUCAAGUGGCGUUCUUACCGUUCAGCUACUUGACAGACAUCUGGAGAUGGGACAUUUUCGAAGGAAAAAUCAAGCCGAAAGAUUACAAUUGCUAUUGGUGGCAAUUAAAGGAGAAAUACCAGGGACUCGAACCCGCAGCGGAAAGAAAACCCGCAGAUUUUGAUCCUGUAACAAAAUACCACGUUGCAGCCGACAUACCCUACAUAAGAUACUUCGUUUCAGUAGUGUUACAGUAUCAGCUGUUAAAAGCGUUAUGUAAAAUAGCCGGCGAGUUUCGGGAGAAUGAUCCGAAGAAGUUACUUAGCGAGUGCGACUUGCACGGCCACAAAGAGGCCGGCAACGUUUUAAAGAAGAUGUUGGCAAUGGGCAGUUCGCAACCGUGGAAUGACGCCUUGGAGGUGGUCACCAACCAACGGAAAAUGGACGUUUCUGGUCUACUACAAUAUUUCAAACCGCUGCACGAUUGGUUAAUUAAGGACAAUGAGAAGAACCACGCGUACAUCGGUUGGGAACAUUCUAAAGUAAAAAUCAAGUGUUGACAGUAAUAAUAAAAAUAAAACUUUAGUAUUUUUAAGAUUCAUAAAGAGUUUUUAGGUGAUUAAUUAUUUUCUAAUGUUUAGAAAUAAUAAAAUCAAUAUAAUAAAAGUGGCUGCAGUGUAGGAAGAAUAAAUACAAAAAAGUUUGCACUA